UCCAACAAACAUUUUUCGGCAUGCCAACCCUUCAACUGGGAAGAGAGACUGUUGGUUCAGCAGCUGCAGAGUCACGGUAGCACAACACUAGUGAACCUUCAGGCACACCGUCGCGUCAACCGAGAGAGAGGAGGGGUGGUUAAAAUGGCGAUGAGGGGCGGCGGGCGGGCGCGGCAGAACGCGAUCCGGUCGGGCAUCGUGGUGCUGGGCGCCGCAGCCUUCGCCUACCUCUCCUACCGCGUCGGCUUCAAGCCCUACCUCGACCGCGCCCAGGAGGCCAUGGACUCCCAAAUCCACAGCUCCGACCACGCCGCAGCCGCCGCCGCGGCCGCCGCUUCCGCCUCCGCCUCCUGGGAGGACCAGACUGGUCACCCGGAGGGCGACGGCGGCCUCGCGCCGUCCAGGGACCCGGCCACCGUGCUCCGCGACUGACGCGCCGUCCAGGGGCUUCCGCGGCAGCUUGGCUUGUUGUGGCAUUUCGCCGAACAGGUUGUAAGCGGAUAAUAAAAUGUACUAGAACUGUUUUUCGCACUGGAAUUCUCCCUACUGUUAUCGCUGGUAUGGUUUCAAAGUAUUUUAAUCUGUGCCUGGUUCUAUCAUCAUGCUCUUAUUAGUUCAUUGAAAACUCACCUGCGCUGCAAAUGCCUGCCCUGCUCACACAUGUAGCCUGAUGUGAACAUGCUGAAAAUACGAUUGAUGGCUCUAGUUGACCAGGCA